AUGUCUAUUCAUAGAAUAGUGACAGUGUCUAGAUUUAUUUUACAAUGUACUAGGUCUUCUUCAAUAAUUGUUAAUGCAAGUACAGAGUGCAAUGCAUACAGGUAUAAAACACACGAACGCUUAAAACACACAAGAGCAUUUAAAAAUGAAAAGGACAAAAUUCGAACUUAUAUUGUUCACCGCUACAUUGAUUAUGUUAAAAAUUAUACAAAAGUGAUAGAGAACCGAUUUCCCGCCGCAAUGCACAUGUACAGAGUAUUUAGUGUAGGUAUUAAGGAUUUCUUAAGAGACUUAAAAACUUACAUCUCACUGAGAUUAAAAAUUACAAAGGAUCGUGGUUUUUCCAAUAUGAGCCGCCAGGAAAUCGAGUUGUUUCAAAAAAUGCCAUCUGAUAUGUGGAGAAUAGCACCUGUAUUAAUACUAUCUGCUAUCCCAUUUGGAAACUACAUCAUAUUUCCUCUUGCAUUUAUAAAGCCAAAAACAUUAUUGUGCUCACACUUUUGGUCUAUACAACAAAGAGCAGAGUUUUCAAUUCAAGAUUUAAAAGACAGAUUAAGAAAUAAUCGGCCUGUUCUCCGGGCACUCCAAUCAAAGCUAGAUAUUAUACCAGACAGUGACAUAAAGGAAAAGUGGAGGAGAGUGCUGGCUUUGUUAGGUUCAGGUGUCCAUCCUACUCCAAUGGAAGUCUUGGCAUGUAAAGAUUUAUUCACUACGGAACCAUAUCACCUAGGCAGUUUAUCUUAUGCUCAUAUGGGAUACUUACUUAAAAUGCAUGGGUUACGGCGAAGCAUAUUUAGGAGAAAGAAGCUAAAAUAUAGAGCAUUCUUGUUAUUAGAAAUGGACAAAGCGAUUAUCAGAGAAGGGGGAGUAGAAAUACUGAAUACAGAAACGCUUAGAAAUGCUUGCCAGAUACGUGGAUUAAACAGUAGAAAUUUAAGCAAUCAAGAGAUGAAAGAUUGGCUGCAUAAAUGGCUUUAUGUAUCGGGAAACAUUGACGGAAGUGCAUAUUCAUUACUACUACAUUGUCCAAUUUUCUUUGCAUAUAAUCAUCCCCAGAACUGGGUUUUAAUAUACUAA